AAAGUUGUGAAAUUUCCACUUGUUGGACGAAAGUGAUUCUGUUUUGAUUUGGAAGGAUUAGCAGUGCUAACAAACAUGGCAGAAGGCGAUACAGCUGAGCAGGAUGCUGAGAAUGUUAUACGCAUAAUGGUGGCCACUGACAAUCACUUGGGAUACGCCGAAAAGGACGCUGUGCGCGGGGAGGAUAGUUUUACGGCAUUUGAGGAAAUACUGGAAAUGGCUGUAGCCGAGGAUGUGGACAUGAUUCUGCUGGGCGGCGAUUUGUUCCACGAUGCAGUGCCUAGCCAAAAUGCAAUGCACAAAUGCAUCGAAUUGUUGAGGCGUUAUACUUUUGGAGAUAAGCCGGUGUCCCUGGAGAUACUGAGCGAUCAGGCGGCUUCAUUUCACAACGCCGUCAAUCAAUCGGUAAACUAUGAGGAUCCCAAUCUGAACAUUGCCAUACCCGUCUUUUCCAUACACGGCAAUCAUGAUGAUCCAAGUGGUUUUGGGCGCCUGAGCUCCUUGGAUCUGUUGAGCACAACAGGCCUGGUUAACUACUUUGGACGCUGGACAGAUCUGACCAAAGUGGAGAUAAGUCCCAUUCUGAUACGCAAGGGUGAAAGCAAAUUGGGAUUAUAUGGACUCAGCCACAUACAUGAUGCCCGCUUGGCGCGUCUCUUUAAGGACUAUCAAGUUGUAAUCAAUGGACCCAAUGAAUCCGAUGAGGAGUGGUUCCAUCUGAUGGUUGUUCAUCAGAAUCGCGCCGAAAAUCGAGGAUUCAAAAACUAUAUUCCCGAGGAGGCGCUUCCUUCGUUUCUGCACUUGGUUAUUUGGGGUCACGAGCACGAUUGUCGCAUUGAUCCUGAGUUGAAUGCUUUGCGGGAUUUCUAUGUCUCCCAACCCGGCUCAUCGGUGGCCACAUCUCUGUCCGAGGGCGAAGCGAAGAAGAAGCACGUCGGCCUCUUGGAGAUAUACAAAACAAAGUUUCAUCUGAAGCCUCUGCCAUUGCAAACUGUGCGUCCAUUUGUCUUUGAUUCUAUUAAUCUUGCAGAAUGUGUCGAUAAACUCAAUUUGGGCGAGGGUGAUGCCUCCACAAAGGUGUACAAUUUCGCCAAGGAGCGCGUGGAAGCCAUGAUUGAGCAUGCCAAGACGAUGCUAACGGACCACCCGAAGCAGCCAAAGUUGCCAUUGAUACGACUUCGUCUACUGUUUAAUGAGGAAUCGCACAUGUUUAACACCAUUCGAUUUAGCCAAAUGUUUGGCACGCGUGUGGCCAAUCCCGCUGAUGUGGUCAAGUUUGACAGGCUGAAGAAGUUUAGGGGCAAGAGUGACAAGAUCAGUGUCGACAAGGAAGCGAUGCAGCGUGCUAUGGAAGUGGACAACACCAAUCGUGUUGAGCAAUUGGUGGAUAAAUAUUUCGAGCAAGCGAAUAAUCCACUCAAGCUGAUGCACUCCAAGGCAUUGGCAGAGGUAACCUAUCGCAUGGUGGAUCAUUCCGAUAACGAUGCAGCUGAUGAUAUCUUUGGCUUUUAUAGUCAGAAGGCAGUUGAGCAUUUGAUGGAAGCUCUGCCCGAUGAUGACAGCAUUGACGAAGAACUGAUCAAAUUUCGACUCCAUCACAGUGCCGAUGAAAUGCUGAAAGCAUUGGACUCUUCUGGUUUUAAGGGGGUAGGAUCUGCAGCUGAAAAUGGUGAAUCACUGAAGAUUGAGACGAAUGCUUCAAUGUCUACAGCUGAAGAGCCGCCCAGCGUUGGCGCUGGGGGAGCAAGAGGUACACGUGGGCGUGGUCGUGGACGAGGACGUACUGCAGCAAACACUGCCACAACCAGAGACACAACCAGUCGCUCAAAUGACACAUCAACCAAUUCGUCAGGCAGGCAGCAAACACUUUUGAGCGCUGUCAGUAGUGGACGCAAAACCAAUCCAAAUACCUAUGUUAUAUCGGAUGAUUCCGACUAACUGUUAUUUUUAUGCUUUUGAAGCACAUUUAUACUCCUGUGAAGCAUUUUUAUAUUUUUCAAGGCUUUCCAAUCGCCUCUAAAAAAUUUUAAAAUAAAUUCAACUCAGUUUUUAAGAAGUCUGUUAAAUCUA